AUGGAUAUGAAAGAAAUAUCAUAUCAUCAGUCAUGGAAGCUUGUCGUCUUCUGCAUAAUCUCUACCUUCUUCAACCAUGCCUUCUCAGGCAGUUGUGUGUUAAAUUUCACUUACCCUUACCAACCAACCGGUGUGUGCAUUGGAGGGCAGAAGAAAUUCACAAUCUGGGAUGGCAUCGAGACCACAAUUUGCUGUCAAAAUGUACUCGACACCAUAACAAAGGCCUUAGCCUUUCGUGCACAUAAUGCAGCGAAUGGCACCAUUUUCAUGGAAGAGAACCUUUGGAGAGAUUGCACCGGUCCUUUCGCCAGCCAGAACACUGUGUCUGCUGAUGCUUGUGGAUUUGGUGAUCUAACUUUCAACCAGAGCAUUGGCUGUUCAAGCUUUUCUCUAGCUGAUAUUCAGCGUGAACUGUCGUACAAGGAGGCCUUGGAGUCAUGUUCCAACUUCAACACUUCGUUUGUCGAUGAGUGCAAGAAGUGCGCAGGGUCUUUAUUGAGAGCAAGGGAUCGUCUACUGGAACAAUUCGCUCCGAAUGUUCAAGAUGAUCAUCAGAGAAGGAUGUGUGGAAUAGCCAUUGUAGUUUCUGUAGCAGCUGCUAAAUACAAUGAUCGAAAUCUGAUUGAUGAUUUCUAUAGGUGCUUGCCUAUCUUUGAUGACUUUGAUUCAGGCUAUAUCAGAAUUAGAUAUUCUGUGGUGAAAGCAUUAUUCGCAAUCGUAAUAGCAUUGGUCACAGUAACCCUGGUUCUGCUACUUGUGAAGUAUAUGACAAAGAGAAAGCCUCUCAACACAGUUGUUCAAUCUAAUAAUGAUGCUGGCUGCUCUAGCCUUUAUAGAUUCUCCAAGACCGAGAUCGAAAAUGCCAUAAAUCAUGGCAAUGAAAGGAAGGUCUUAGGCAAAGGAAGUGCUGGUCAGGUUUAUAAAGGUGUUUUGCCUAGUGGACAAGAAGUGGCAAUCAAGCAGAUACAUAACAGCACCAAAUUCGAUACGUUCACUCGGGAAGUAGAUGGUCUCUUGAGAGUUAGACAUCCAAACCUUGUUUGCCUCUUCGGCUGCUGCAUAGAAGGCAGCAAGCAUUAUCUGGUCUAUGAGUAUUGUUCAGCUGGAAAUUUAGCUCAAAAUCUUCUAAGAAAAGACAAUGUCUUAACAUGGGAAAGAAGAGUCAAGAUCAUGAGAGGCUGUGCACUUGGACUGAGAUAUCUCCACCACUACAUAGAUGGCUGCAUUGUACACAGAGAUAUCAAGCUCACAAACAUCCUUUUGACGGAGAACUUAGAACCGAAGCUCUCGGAUUUUGGGUUAGCAAAGAUGCUUGGAAUGGAGGAGAGCAAAGUAUUUACAGAUGUUAGAGGAACAAUAGGUUACAUGGACCCUGAAUACAUGACCAAUGCCAAGCUAACUUGCGCUAGCGACAUAUAUAGUUUUGGCAUUGUCAUUCUGCAGCUUCUAUCAGGACAGAAAGUCAUUGAGCUGGAUCUUGAUGCCAGAGAUCAGCUCACAAGAAAGGCGAAAGAUGCGAGUUUGGGAAGGCGUCCACUAUCAGAUUUUGAAGAUCCGAGGUUAAAUGGGAAUGUGAACAAAGCAGACUUUGAAUCAAUACUGGAAAUUGCAGUCCUAUGUGUUGCGAGAUCAAGCAAAGGACGGCCAACAAUGGAUGUAGUGUUCGAUGAAUUGGACAAGGCUUGGAAAAACACAGCUGCUGAAAUGGGAAACAAUAUGGAAAUGGACUCAUCAGUGGCGUCAAUGUCUGCUUCAUUGGAGGUGGUUUCAGUCUGA